GCGUUUCUGAGCCGGGUGGUUUGUCUCUGCCUGGUGGUUUUGCUCGCCAGCUUUCAACAUUCCAAAACCUCUCAAACUCAUUUGGAAAUUGAUGCUUCGGUGGCCAGACUUCCGGGGGAAUACGUCGCCGUCGAGGCCCCAGGCAAGGAAGCGGAAGGCGCCGUGCUGCAGCUGGCGUCUGCAGAUGCAUGCUCAGCAGAAUUAAUUUUGCUUUCUUCUGCUGCUCUUUUCCACACCCUCAUCAUCGACGUGAUGCUUCCCGUCAGGCCCGUGUGUGUCAUUUCUUCCUGCGUCUUCUUGUGCUGCGGCUUGCUGGGCCGGGCGCAGACGGAAAUAUCGCACAGGCAGCUGUACUUUCGUUGGCGCCGUUCGCUGGGUAUGCUGCGAGACACGGAGCGGCAGCUGCGCUCGCAGCACUCCGCCCGCAGCGGCUUGGAGAAGUUGGCUUUCUUUGUGAGAAGGUCGGAGUUGCUGCUGCGGCGAGCAGCAGCAGAAGGAGCAGCAGAUGCUGCUGCUGUCCAAGUCGCCGUCGAAGAAGUCGCAGACCUCCAGGCCAAGGUUUUGGAAAUAGUGACAGAUGUGCAUAAUGUUUACCGAGCGGAAAUGACAAAUGAAGAAUUAAAAGAGUUUUUGAGAUUUGUCCCGGAGAUCGGAGACACAAACGUUUUGCUGCCGCAGCAGUGGCGGCAGCGCAGCGCGUCUCUGGGGGCCCAGCAGCAGCAGCAGCAGCAGCAGCAGCAGCAGCAGCAGGAGCAGCAGCAGCAGCAGCAGCAGGGGCAGCAGCAGCAGCAGGGCUUCCUCGCCGGCGGCGACGGCCUCGCCGCCGGCGGCGGCGGACUGCUGCAGGUCGCGCCGGGGGCUGCUGCUGCUGCUGCUGCUGCAGUGGGGCAGCAGCAGCAGCAGCAAGCUGCAGCAGCAGGGGGGCUGCUUCCAGCGGCAGCCGGGCAGCGAGGCGCAGCCGGAGCCGCAGCGCCCGCAGGACUUGCUGCUGCUGCUGCUGCUCCUGCUGCUGCUGCUGCUGCUGCUGGGGCUUCUUUUGAUGACCCCGAAGGCUUUAUGAAUUUGCUGCCGCCUCUGGUGGCUACAGAGUUAAGAAGCAAACUGGCAGUCACUUGGGACCUGGACAUGCUCAUGAUUGACGAGGAGUCGAACGGGAACUCGCUGGUGCUGACGGGGAAUUUGCUGCUGCAGCCGCUGCUGCAGCGGGAGGGUUUGCAGUGCACUCGGCAGCAAAUAAGCUGCUUCGUGCGGCUGCUGCAGCAGCAGUACUGCAGCAGCAACUUAUACCACAACCGAGCGCAUGCAGCAAUGGUGGCGCACUGCUGCCGCUGCAUAGUUUCCGACGUAUUCCCCCACAAGCGCGAGCUGACUUACCUGGACGAGGCGUGUCUGGUGGUGGCCAGCGUGGCCCACGACGUGGGCCACCCAGGCCUGACGAACCAGUUCUUAGUUAACGCGAGGUCUGCACUCGCGCUGACUUAUAAUGAUAUUUCCGUUUUGGAAAACUACCACGCGGCUUGCUGCUUCCGCACUGCAGCAGCGCCAGCAGCAAAUUUGUUCGCGGGACUUUCCCAAGACCUUUUCCACUAUUUGCGCCAACACGCCAUCGAACUCAUUCUCGCCACUGACAUGAAACACCACUUCGACUUCAUUUCCCACCUCAGGGUGCGUCGCCACACUUCGAACUUCGACAUGAUAGAAAGUCUGGAAGACCGCUGGAUGGUUUUCAAGGGUUGCAUCAAAGGCGCGGACUUAGCGCAUGCAGCCACUUCUUGGGACCAACACAAAAAGUGGUCGGAGAGACUUGCGGAAGAAUUCUAUCUCCAA